UGUAUUAGUAAGUUGUCUAGUUCAUUUCCUGUAUUACUUCUUUCAAGUGGAGUGCCAAACAACAGCUAAUCUUCUCUGCUGCCGCUCAUAUUCACAUCAAUGACCCACCCAACGGAUUAUUUUUCAAGUCCUCGGUCUGAAAGUGGCCAGGGCCUACACACCCAGGAGAGCGGUGAUGCUGGCCUCUCCUCCAACAUGGAGCACACGUUCACUGAAAAUUACAGUGAAAGUGCUUUUCCUGUAGCAGAUAAAGGCAGCUUAGUGACACCCAUUCCUAAAGGGGAACUAGACGUCGUUGAGUGCCCUGUGAGGGUAGGAAAGAUCUGGUCACACCCAUCACCUUAUGGCCAUGCUGCUGCUCCAUAUGCAGACUCACAUGUUGUGUCUGCUGAUGAGGGGUACAUAAAGACCUGCACUCUCACUGUGGUUCAAACCAACUACUUUCCACCACAAGCCACGCUGCCAGAGAAAAGUCUGGUAGAGGAAAGAGGGCAGCCAGAUGUAGAAGUCAUAGAAGAAGAUAGAUGCAUCACGGAAACCACGAUGAACACUGGAGGAAACCUAGCAAAACCUAAAGGUCCACCACUGGUUCCUGGAGAAGGAAGAAAGAGCAGUCCUCGCCGGAAAAGUGCUGCUAUCAAGAACCGUAAAUUCUACCUUCUAUGUUGGAUGGUAUGCAUACCUGUUCCUGCAUCUGAGGGCUUUCCUGUUACUACCAUAGAUGCUCAACGUGCAGCAGACCAAACAUUUAAAUGUUAUACCUGCAUGGACAAGGUCAGAUGCCCAAAGUUGUUGGCGAUAUAUAACACCGAAGACACGAGUGUGUACCAUAGAGACCUGAAUGACACAUUUCCAGGGUGUUCUGAAAUCUCUCCACCUCCUCCUAUGAGCUGUGCUGUGUGUCGUAAACUAUCCAAGAGCCUUAUCAUCUGCUCAGAUGAUGUUGGAGCAUUGGAGGUGGAAGAUAGCGAUGGAGGACAGAACUUAAACAUCUCUUCAGUUGGUUGUGCCAUCAUGGAAGAUUUAGUUACACAGCAGCAGACCCACGGCCAUGGACAUGUUGGAGUAUUUAUUAGUGGUAGCCUCUUUUUGAUUGUGGUGGCAGCGCUGGUGAUCAGUUGCUACCAGGAAAACAGGAUUGAAAAUGGUCAACAGUGAAAAAGACUGCAUGAUCAAGAAGAAGACAGCAGAGGUCAUUCUCUCGCCGUGCCAUUUUAUUUCCUACGUAAUAAUCCCUAGCUUUAGCUGCCACAUACUGUAGACAGAGAAUACUUGUAAAGGGUAUUUUAUAACUGUCUACUUUUUGGGACAACUGCUUAUUUAGACUGAUAACUGCAAGUCACAAUUAUUUCAAUUAUUGAUUAAUCUGCUUGUUAUUUUGUUGAUUGAUCAAUUAAUCUUUUGGUCUACCCCCCCCCCCCCCCACAAAAAAAAAAACAUAUACCAUCACAGUGCCUAAACUGAUGUCAUAAAAUUGCUUGUUUUGUCUGAUCAAUACUCAAAAGCCCAAAUAUAUUGAGUUUACUUUUACACAUACACAUGAAUGACUAAAGAAAGCAGCAAAUACUGGAAGUUGAAACUAUCGGGAACUUUGUCCUUUUUCUGUACAUUCAAAAUAACUGCAGAAUAAUUCUCUGUCUAUCAUGUUAUCGCUUAUUUGACUAAUCUGAUUCACCUCUGCUUAAUGAUUAUGUUGUUUGAAAUUAGUAAUCUUUCUGCAAAAAUGGCCUAAUGAAUAUGUAUACAUGCUGUCUUAAUAAAAAUGACUUUAAACAA